ACAAUGAAAGGAGUCAAGCGCCUCAUGACAUUCGCACUCUUCAGCGUCCUGGUGCUGAUCUGCGCAAUCGAACUAUGGAUACGCAACACUCGGUCCUCGUCUGCAGAUAUCGUCGUUCAGGUGUUCUCGGAUACGGGUACAGUCCCAUUCAAAACCCAGCCCGAGACGUUGAUGAUCAAGCAUCUGUCGUAUCAAAACGUGCCUGGUCGGGAAAACGCCUGCAUCAUCAUGCUGGCGCGCAACUCGGACAAGAAAAACGUUGUCAAGACCCUCGCCACGUUCGAGUCCACCUUCAAUGCCCGCUAUAUGUAUCCGUAUGUGUUUUUCAAUCAAGAGCCCUUCGAUGACGACUUCAAGGACGCAGUCUCCAGUGCGACAGAGGCAAAGGUCCGCUUCGAGCUGAUCCCACAAGAUCAGUGGUCCAUUCCGCCCAACUUCAACCGAUCGGCUGUGCUGGAGUCCUUCAGGAAGCAGGGCGAGCGACCCGGACUCAAGGCUGAGCUUGAGAACUACCACCACAUGUGCCGCUACUUCUCUGGGUUCUUUGCCACCCAUCCAGCCCUGAGGGACUUCAAGUACUACUGGAGGCUCGAGCCCAGUGUUUCCUAUUACUGCACACUCAACUAUGAUCCUUUUGAGCUGAUGCGAAAGCAGAACAAGAUAUACGGUUUCAACAUUGUUGGAGUCGAGAUUCUGUGGACAGUGCCGACCCUUUGGAGCUCAACCCUGGAGUAUCUCCACUCGCGCAACCGGAGCUUUCCUCUCCACCUGCGAGCCUUUGACCAACGAACAGGGGACGAGCCCGAAUCUGAAAGUAGAUAUAACUACAAAUAUUUCUUCAACAACUUUGAGAUUGCCGAUCUCGAUUUUUUCCGGUCCGACGAGUACCUGGACUACUUCAAGUUUCUGGAUGAUAAAGGCGGGUUCUUUUUCGAGCGAUGGGGGGACGCUCCGGUCCAUACGCUUGGCAUCGCCCUCUUCCUUGAUCCGAGCCAAGUGCACUAUUUCCAUGAUAUUGGAUAUCGCCACGAGGGAUACAUCCACUGCCCCGUUGACAUUCCAGAGGACGGCGUCGCCUACGAAACAUGCCACUGCCGGGACCAAAUGCCCAAGAGCGACUCGAUCAUGCGGGUCUCGGACUCAACUUGGGAGGAUGCCCUCAAAUACUACCUUCGCAUUGUGCCUGAGCUCAAUCUCGAGAGUUAUAUAGGGUGAUCGUGUUCGGCUCAGGAGCCUAUCUUGGCGGAGGAGGACGCACAAUUAUGAUGGCCGAUUUUCUUUGUGGAAAGUGUCGGGGCCGAAAAUCUCGUCGGAAUCUCCUACCCCAAUGCCGAUCUUCCUAUGCUAUAGAUGUGUACUCCAUGUACUAGAUAUCCGAGAUGUAACAAUAUAGCACAGUUGAUAAGGACGGGCGCUGGCCACGAUGUCCGUAUCCUCCCGGCACCACAGCCAUAUGGCAAGUUGGAUGGGAGUGAAUGAAGG